UGUUACUCACGAGUCAAGACUCAAUAGUCGAGUCGAACAGGCGAUUCGAAAAUAACAGAUUUUUUGGUGAUUCAAAAAAUUUUAUUUGAUAAAGAUGUCAGCCGUAUUAGGACAUGACUGUUUUGUUUUGCAGGAAAAAAUAAGAAGUUGCCAUACAUUUUUGAACACUUACAAAUGGUUGACAGAUUCGUUUGUACUUGACUUUUUUACUGAAAAUCAUUGGGCUAAACUCUGUACCUCAUGGGCUCAAUCACUAGAUUUACUUACUCUUCAAGAGAUGGGUGAAUGUCUCCUGAGUCAAAGUGGAACUUCAAAAACCAAUUCACUAGUUCUUCCUCUAUCACUACUAGCCUUUAAAGCUGCUUGCAAAGCUUUGUCACUGGACAGGACAGCCAUCUCUAGUUUAGAUGAAAUCAUCAGUUAUUUAAUUAAACUUGGAUUUAAGAGUGCAACACUUCAACAUUGUGAAUGGAUGAGUCCAAACAGUGCAUGCAAACCAAAAGGAGCCCUCAGAAGUUUAAGUCAGGUUUUUCAUAGACAAGUAAAGCCGAAAAAGCAACAUGAAUUGUAUAGAAUGGGGCAGUGCUGUGCAACGAUAUCUCAAGUGACAAAAUGCCAAACUGUUGCAGAUGUUGGAGCUGGUGUAGGACAUCUGUCUCGCUUUUUGAGCUAUGGCCAUGGUUUGGAUGUAAUCUGUUUAGAGUGUGAAGAAAAAUUUGGUUCAGCUGCAGUCAAAUUGGACAGUAAAUUAGAAGAAUCGUGUGCAAGGCAAGGAAUUACAAAUAUCACCACUCCAAGACACAUCACUUUGACACUCAGUCCUUAUACAAAGAACUUGAUGGAGUUACUUGAACCUCAUAUUAUUAAGGAAACUUCAGCUGUUGGAUUGAUUGGUUUGCAUACUUGUGGUGACUUGGGACCUACGUUAAUUCGGAAUUUUGCAGUUGACCCUGGAAUAAAAUUUAUCCUGGCCAUCGGUUGCUGCUACAUGAAAAUGUCCCUUGACAGAACAUCUCCAGUUAGAGGGUAUCCUAUGAGUAACUUUGUUCAAAAUCAGUUGAAUCCAUCGUUUGUUAGUUACGAAGCUUUGGAAGUUGCGUGCCAUGCGCUAGAAUCAUAUUCUGGUCGCUUGACCGAUCUGGAAUCGGAAAAAUUUAAAGUUCAUUGCUAUCGUGCUACUCUAGAGACGCUGCUUAUCAAGUUAGAGCCUCCCCUUCAACGAGCUGGAUUGCGGAGCGUUAAGAAUGCUCAUCUCUUACCAUUCGAGGAAUAUGCUCGCAAAGCCCUUGACAAAAUGGAUGUCAAACUAGAUUUCAGUGAUCUCUCGUCAGAACACGUUCAGUCGUGUUUGAAACAGUGGAAACGUGUUGUCAUGUUCUACUCAUUAAGACUGAUGCUAGCACCAGUUAUCGAGACAGUCGUCCAGUUAGAUCGCCUGCUAUAUCUCGCUGAACAAGGUUGGUGCGGAUGUCUUCUCCCAUUGUUUGAUUGCAGACUGUCACCGAGAAAUUUUGCCCUGUUGUGUGUCAAACCAGAACCGAAGUCGGAGAGUUGCUGACGUCAUUUGAAAUGUUCGUCUCUUCCGUCAGUUGUUUAAGUUCCCCAUUAAGGUUUUUUUCUCGUCGCUUUACAGUAGUUCCUGUGUGCCCCUCACAAGUCAGGUUUUCAGUUUCACACUUCUUCUUGCAACAAGUUCUGCACAGUUUGUGCUCGCACUUAACUCCCUGUGAAAAGAAAAUUGUUAUAGCAGAAUAUUUGUGUGUACUUGAAAACCGUAUUAUUACAGGCAGAUUUGAGCACUG